GCAUUAGAACAGUUUGAAGGUGGCCCCUGUGCUGUUAUUGCACCUGUUCAGGCAUUUCUUUUGAAGAAGCUUCUGUUUUCUUCUGAGAAGUCAUCUUGGCGGGAUUGCUCAGGUAUGAUAAGCUUACUUUCAAAACGUUUCUAUCCUCUAAAGAUUUUCUAUGUAGUAUUCAUUGUCAAUAGUUUAAUUAAGAUUUUCUGUCUUAAAAGUAAAUGGGGUACCAGGCAUGGUAGUAUACUUCUAUAAUCCCAGCACAGAAGCAGGAGGAUCUUGAGGCCAGUCUGGGUAACAAACAAAGGAAGGUCUGGAGAUUCAGAUCUGUGAUAGAGUGCUUGCCUGGCAUAAGCAAGCACCUGGGUUUGAUCCCCAGCACCACACAAAAAAAAAGAUAAACUAUUCAUGGGAUUUUCUACCCCCCUGAGGUUUAUUUUUCAACUGUUUCAAAAACUUUCAUGAACAGUGAGUCCAGAUUGUAAAAAGUUUAUUCAAAAUUAAUUCUCAUAAUAACUAAGAGCUAUAAGAUAGGGUAACUAAUGAAAGGAAAAGCCUUUGCCUCUUGCUAGUACAUACAGUUCCCAGAACUUUUGGAUGAUACACUACUAUAAAGAAUAGUUAUGAAGGGUUUUGGGGGAGGGACUUCCUUAUCUUUGAUCAAGAACUCAGAAUUACCUUUGUAUUCCUGCAUCUUUUACCAUAGUGCCUUACACAAUGCAAAUACUGCAAGGAAUUCUGAAUCAAAUUGCAAAUGAAGUGGUCAUAGCAUUUGCAGCAGGUUGAAGUCAGGGAUCUUUGGUGCUACCUGGUAAUAACAAACAUUUGCAUUCCACUUGACAGUUUACAAAGAUCUUUCCUUCAUUUUACACAAUAUGUGAACCUCACAAUAACUUCUGGAAAAAGAGGAAGAGCAGAAGGAACUCCUUUGUCAUACCUUAUGUGAUAUUUUAGAAAGUGCUUGUUGUGACAACUCUGGAUCAUACUGCUUGGUUUCCUGGUUAAGAGGAAGGACAACUGAGGAAACUGCUAGUAUUUCUGGGAGUCCUGCAGAGUCUAGUUGCGAAGUGGAACAUUCUUAAAAAGAUCAUUUAGAAGUUUAUCAGAAUUAAAAGAUGCUGUCUUGGACCAGUAUUCAAUGUGGGGAAACAAAUUUGGAGUAUUGCUUUUUCUGUAUUCUGUAUUACUGACAAAGGGCAUUGAAAACAUAAAAAAUGAAAUUGAAGAUGUAAGUGAACCUUUGAUAGAUCCUGUGUAUGGACAUGGCAGCCAGAGUUUAAUUAACCUCCUACUGACGGGACAUGCUGUUUCUAAUGUAUGGGAUGGUGAUAGAGAAUGCUCAGGAAUGCAACUUCUUGGUAUACAUGAACAAGCAGCAGUAGGAUUCUUAACAUUAAUGGAAGCUUUAAGAUACUGUAAGGUUGGUUCUUACUUGAAAUCUCCAAAAUUCCCUAUUUGGAUUGUUGGCAGUGAAACUCACCUCACCGUAUUUUUUGCCAAGGACAUGGCUUUAGUAGCCCCUGAGGCUCCUUCAGAACAAGCUAGGAGAGUUUUCCAAACCUAUGAUCCAGAAG